CUAGCAAACCCCAUCGACCCUGAAACUUUGCCGCUGUUCGAUUUUCGAUACCAAGUGCUGUUCGUAUCGUAACUGCUGGGCCGAAGCUUGAUAUCUAUUUGCUUCGACCAAAAGUAGUAGCGUCGAAGAUAGAGCAUGGAAAAUUCAAAUCUCAAUUUGACCAAGUCCUUCGAUCAGGUCUUCUCAGGGCAGUCUCAAGGCUGAAGAUUAGAAAGCAGAAAGUCUGGCAAGGCAAUCGUGCUCAGUUGAGAAGAAGAAGUCUUCCAGAGCCAAUUCAGACGCCCCAGCCAUCACACUCGCAGAUUAGGCAGGCCAAUUCACCAGCAAGCAGAACGCUUCAAGGGAGAGCAGCACAGCAGCCACCAUGCCGAAGGCCGCGGCCAAGAAGGAGAAGAAGAAGAAGGACCCCAACGCGCCCAAGCGGCCGCUCGCGCCCUACAUGUUCUACUGCAAGGAGCAGCGCGAGAAGGUGAAGGCUAGCCAGCCUGACAUCAGCUUCGGGGAGAUUGGAAAAGUGCUCGGCCAGCAGUGGAGCGCCAUGGGAGAGAAGGAAAAGAAGCCAUUCUUGAAGAAAGCGGAACAAGACAAAAAGAGGUACCAACAGGAGAUGCAGAACUACGAGCCGGAUGCAGACGAGUAGUUGCUCUGAUUGCUUGGUAUAGUAGCUGCAAGCUCUGCUAAGGAGUUCACCCAAUCUGUGUAGAAUAAACAUCUUGUUUGCAAAGACUGCUUUCUUUUGGUAUUACUGGUAGGCCCUUGCAGGCAGUGAGGGAUCAUUGUGUAGGUCGGCUUCUGCUAGCACAGGGACUAGCAACAGGUCCUGCUCGGCCUGAGCAAAGCUAGGAUAGUUCCACAUGCUGAACGCUGAAGUACAAAUACGCGUAAUUGUACUUCAACACAGGUGAUAUGAUAACUGCAAGUUGACUUCCUUCUUCUGGGUCACACUUUCAUUCAAAGACGACUUUCGAGUGAGUUGCUUGCUUCAGAGAAUGUCAGCAGUGAAAGUUCUCAUUUAUGCCCCCAGUCUGGGCCUCAUUUGGUGAUUAGCAGUCUAUAAAUACAAGUUCAUUAGAAGCCGUUUGCUCUGCGUAGGAUCUUCAGAGGGGCUGCAGGCCUUGUUUUCAUCUGUGUCAUUGCAAUUGUUUGGUG